AUGUUCAGGAACAACUACGACAACGACUCGGUCACAUUCUCCCCACAGGGGCGGAUAUUCCAGGUCGAGUAUGCAGCCGAAGCAGUUAAGCAGGGUUCAGUCGUAGUAGGAAUCGCCAGCAAAACACACGCCGUCCUCGUAGCGAUCAAGCGCAACGCAGAAGAACUCUCCUCGUACCAAAAGAAACUCUUCCCCAUCGACGAGCACGUCGGCAUCGCCAUCGCCGGCCUCACCUCGGACGCCCGCGUCCUCUCCAACUUUAUGAAGCAGCAAUGCCUCGGCCACCGCCUCACCUACUCCCGCAACAUGCCCAUCCGCUCCCUCGUCGACAUGAUCGGCUCCAAAGCCCAGAUCAACACGCAGCACUACGGAAAGCGCCCCUACGGCGUUGGUCUCCUCGUCGCCGGCGUGGACGAUUCCGGCCCUCACCUCUUUGAAUUUCAACCGUCGGGCAUGACGGAGGAGAUGAUUGCCUUUGCCAUUGGUGCCAGGUCCCAGAUGGCGAGGACGUAUCUCGAGAGAAACCUGGACAAGUUCAAGACCAGCACACGGGAGGAGCUGAUUGAGCAUGGGUUGAGGGCGCUGAAGGAGAGUUUGGUGCAGGAUAGGGAGUUGACGGUGGAGAAUACCAGUGUGGGUGUGGUGGGCUAUGUCAAGGAGACGAAGAAGACGGAGCCGUUUCAGGUGUUUGAUGGGCACGAGGUGCAGAGGUAUUUGGAGCUGGUGGCGGAUGAUAAGAAGGAGGGGGGCCCUCAGGCGGCGACGGUGGAGGAUGAGAGCACGGCGAUGGAUGUUGAUGCGUAG